UUGGUUGCAUACUUUCCCCGUUUAUAUAACAGGUGGAUUGCGUAAAGAGCGGAUGAGUAAUAAUAAUAAUAUACAUAUUCUGUUUGAAUUAGCAUACUUUUCGUAAAUGAAUCAUCUGUUUGCGUAUAAGGAUAUUUUGGAAGCGGCAACGAAGCUUUUAUGGACAAAGUUUGAUCGAAAUUCGAUGCGCUUCGUGAGCUGGUACCAAAGAUAAUGAUGAAUUAUGCUAUCUAUUGGUAGCGUGUCCAAGGCAAUUUGAAACACCAAAAAGAAAUGAUGUUUCUUCACGAAUCGAUGAUGCCUCUAGUUACGCAAUCCUCCGUUAUUAUGUAAUAAUUAUUUAUAAAAAGUAUUCGGAAAAAGGUCAAGCGGAUCCAUUCACUUCUUCGCCUCAUCAUCUAUUCAUUCAUUCAUCGCUAAUGUAUUCGAAACCGUUUACGGUGUUUUCCUUAACCUUAAACAUGGAACAUAUGAAGUGAACGCUCGGUAUUCCUGCAGGAAACUCUUAGAUGUGAUCCGUAAAACUUGUAGCGCUUUUAGUUUAGAUUAUUGUAAACACGAUGUUCGAAUCUCUUUUCGUGUUGUGUUUGGUCGCUGCGUCCGGCGCCGAUUACGCCUCCAUCAAUCUUCCGUCUGAACAUCUGAGCGCGUUCUUCUCGAACAACGAAGCCCUGAGAGAUGAGUGUCUCGAGGAUGAGGAUUGUCCUUACAAGGAUUACGUUGAGGAGACAAAAUGUUGGGGCUACGAGGAUAAGUGUGAAGAGGAGAGGAAGUACUUGAGACCAGAGUGUCCGGGGGACCAUAGGGGUUGGGUCAAGACGAAGGCGGAUCAGGGGAGGACGUUCGACACGCAGGCUGAUUUCGGGUACGUGAAGCAGCAGAUGAAGGAGAUGAUGGUUCUGUGUGAGCCAAUGUUUCCCGAUGACAGCUCUCUGGAAUGCUCUGAGCAUCUGAGGUUCUGCAGAGGAAGAAAUUUGAUGAUGAACUUCACGGCGUUGGCGCAGCGCGACGAACCUUUGCGUUAUAAAAUGGACGUGCUGAAGAUGGGCGAAAUUGGUGGUUACUGCGAUUUGUAUCAGGAACGUUUGAACGAGAAUUUGGAUCAUAUGAGCCCUCUGCAAAGUUGGGCGCCAGAGAUGCGGUUCUUCACGAGAUUGAACGAGAGGCCCAUAGUGGAAGGCAGCUGCGACGUGGUAAUUGAGAAACCGACGUUCAUCAUGAAGAUCGACGCAAUAGUCAACAUGUACCAUCAUUUCUGUGACUUCUUCAAUCUGUACGCGUCGCAGCACUUGAACGCGACAGAAGCCGGUGCCUUCUCCACGGACAUCCACAUACUCGUCUGGGAGACGUUCAACUAUCAAUCAGCGUUCGAGGCAACCUUCGAGGCUUUCACCGAGAACCCCAUUUGGGAUCUGAAGACUUUCCGCGGAAGAACGGUGUGCUUCAAGAACAUCAUAUUUCCGUUACUGCCACGUAUGAUCUUCGGGUUGUACUACAACACGCCCAUCAUUUACGGGUGUCAGAACAGCGGUCUGUUUAACGCGUUCUCGAAGCACGUGCUGCACAGAUUAAGAAUUCCGCAGGUUAAGCGAACCGACGCUAAAGUCAAGAUCACGCUGCUGUCCAGAGACACGAAGUAUAGGAAAAUAUUGAACGAAGCGGAAUUGGUGGAGGCGUUAGAGAGGAAUGAAGAGUAUUCGGUGGAGAGGGUCGUGUUCAACAAGGAGAUCAGCUUCAAGAAGCAGCUGGAAGUGAUCAAAAAUUCGGAUGUCCUCAUUGGUAUCCAUGGGGCGGGACUAACGCACGCCCUCUUCUUACCCGAUUGGGCCGCAGUUUUCGAAUUGUACAAUUGUGAGGAUGCCAAUUGUUACAUGGAUCUGACGAGAUUGCGCGGCUUGAAGUACGUGACCUGGGAGGACGACUCGAAGUUGUUCGCCGAGGACGAAGGGACGCACCCGGAGGGCGGGGCGCACGCGAAAUUCACCAAUUACUCGUUCGACGUGGACGAGUUCGCGCGAUUGGUCGCCAAAGCUGCAGAUUACGUGAAGAAGCAUCCCGGAUUCGUGGAGAGUUUGGAGGGCGUGGAGUACAGCAGCGUCGGCAGCGCGGAACCGAUAGAGUACGACGAAUCGUACGAUUUCGACUUAAGAGACGAACUCUGAAGUGUGCCAUUAACAAAUCUCGAAUCUCUUAUUAACUUGUGAUAACUUUAUACUCUUUAUAAUUUUAGUUUUAUUUUUUUAACGUGUAAC